UCGGUAUCAAUCGCAGUGUAGUUUUUGCAGUUUUUGCUGCCAGGUACCCUCGGGGCGGGUGAGAUUGUGCUUAUCACUGUUUCCUUAUCAUUAUCAUUUCUAGAUCGGAAGGCACGAGGUGUUCUAGAGUUCCUUCUUUCGGUUACGGCAGAGAAGUGUGUGCAAUGCAACGGGCGUAAUCGUUAACGAUAAUCGGUUCGGAAAGCUUCGACGACGGGUCCGUUUUUUUCUUUUUUACGAAAGUAUGAGCCAAGGUCAUCCGUCGAAGGGUGUACGCGUUAAUUUACUUUUUUUCGCUAAAUCGCGGGAGCUUGCUGGCGUUUCGAGCUGCAGCGACUUUCCCCUUGCUGCCGAUACGCUCAGUGGGCACCAAGUGCUCGGUUCGAUCUGUGACCGUUGGCCGGAACUGCUGGUCAUCCGGGACUGUGUGAUUCUGGCCCACAACGAACAGUACUGUGAAGAUUUAUCGGCCCGGAUAACCCUGAGGGACGGGGACGAAAUCGCUGUUAUUCCUCCGAUAGCUGGUGGAUAG